UAUAUAUAUAUAUUUAUUUAUUUAUUAAGAUAGACAUAUUGAGAUUGGGUUGUAGUAGUGGUAGUAAAAUAACAUAUGCAUCACUCAAUCAGUGGCCCUGCUGCCUAUCUCUGUCAUUUACCUGGCACUAGAUGGUGCCCAUGAAUAUCACUAGAACCAUUAUAAUAUAUGUCUGAGACCACUAUAUUAUUGAGCAGGUUACUCGAUGCGAGGCGCUGCCACCACCAAGAACAGACAGAGGAAGCUAAGUGUGAUUUGCAAGCUGUGGAAUGACUCGUAGUUUUGAAAAGGAGAAAAGAGGAGGGAGAGGAGGAGAAGAAAGUGUAAUAUGAUAAAUGUUACAGGAUUAUCUGGACCCAGCCAGCGUGUCGUGGUGGUAGAGCAGCGACGGCCUAGUUUUCUGUGGUGCGGCUCACCUUCCUACCACCUCACACCUGCUCACCUAGGCCAAUCAGCUAGGGUAAAAGCAAGGCCCUCGGUAACAACUUGCACUACCAACACGUGGGUACAUAGUAAAAGCACAAUUAACUUUCUACUAGCUAAAGGAGGGACUCACGUCAGCUGUUUUUCACGAUUAGUGGGUGGGGUUGAAGGUUGUGGUAUUAACGAACAGUUACUGGUUAAGAUUUUCUGGGGACACAAGACUGCGGGGGAGUACGGGGGAGUGGACCGUCGGAACGUCUUUCCACAGGAGUGCUAUGGCUCCCGAACCACGUCUCUUAUCUUAUCGUAUUCUAUCAGGGCCCCAAUAAAUGACUCAAAAUGAUGGACCGACUCCAAACUUGGACUAUUUCUCCCUGGCCCUGCUGUGCUGAGGCCAUGCGCGCUUCCCUCCUGACGUCAUAACCUGGCUCCGCCCACACCCUCCUCCCAUUGGCUGGUCUCGCCUCUUGUCAGGAAAUGAUAUUUGGAGAGCAUUUCUCUACUUGCAAUUUUCUACAUCCCUUAUGCUAGCGAGGCUGCUCAUUCUGUCCCCAUACAGCAUUAGGGCAGCACUGCUCUCUGGCCGCUAUUCCACGCAUUACGAGGCUUAUUUAGAGGAUUUACCGGAGAUGAGAAGACACACAUCCCAGGCAGGUGUGCAGCCAUGCCUGACGUGUGACUUUCGCCCUCUGAAUUAUCAAGAUAAAGUCAGUAAACAUGAUUAACAUACCAGGUCACUCUCAUUAGAUACCCUGAUUGAAGCUACUACCCUGCCUCUAGCGAAUGACCUUCAGUAUCCUGUAUACAUAUUUGCGGUACGAUGUCUCCCUGUGCUUAGUGGCGUGAUAAUGCUGAUGACGUCACUCCAAGGCAAUGAAAAACAGGAGUCUUGUUACAUCAGGCUCUUCAUUACCACCUCUCGACUAUCACAAACAUGCACAAAAUGAGCUAGUGAGCGAGGAGGGCGAAACGAAUGUACGAUUUAGGAAGGAGGGAACUCACCGGACACGAGAUUGGGGGCGGAGCUUGGAGGCUGACGUCAUGACACAACGAACACCCUUCCUGCCAGGGCGGAGACGCGAUAACCCGAGGAUUAUCUGACUUUCUCCCCAUGACUGCGGCUUUAAUCUCUCUCCUCCUCUAGGCUUACUGUUUAGACUUCUAGCUCUAUCCUUGAACUUGAGGCUGGGUGGGUCUGAGGGGGGUGAAACAGCGUGGGGAUGAGGGAAUUUGGGGUUAAAGAUGAAGGGGGUAAUGGCAACUUAAUGAAUGGAGUCCGUGCGCAAAACCUUGUUCCCCCGUAGCACCCUGGAACGUUAGAGGAUGGUCAUGUCUAGCUUGCAAUGGAUGAUGAUGGCCAGAAACAGAGACUUCUUGACGUAAUAGGAGACCCCCAUGCACUCGAAACCUUCUUAGAAACUUUACCUAGCUCAGUCAAUCUCCCCUGGCAGGGCUUAGACUCUCCUCGCUUUGACAAUGUGACCUCUUCCACGGACUCUGGGCUGGUCAGCAGUUGUCUGGACAGCCUCGUCUUCGAUGGCCAGUUCCUCGGUCAGGUACGGGGUGGAAGCCAUCCCCUCAACCACUCGCAGGUGCCCCCACAUGUCCUGCAGCAAGUCCUUCCCUCACCCACACUCUCCGUGGGGCCGCCAGGAACACCUCACGCACCACAGCAGCUGCAGCACCACCUGCCCCAGCAACAGGCAGAACAGCAGGAGCAGCAGCAGCAGCCACCACCACCACCACCACCACCACCACAACAACAGCCACAGCAACCACAACAGCAGCAGCAAGAACAGCCACCGCCACAGCCACAGCAUGAUUCACCCGAACAGCAACACACACUUCAACAACAGCAAAAUGUAGCGCUUCAGGCAGGUGGGGCUCCAAUCGUCCCUGGAGCCCCAAGUACAGAUGGGGAAGGAACUCGGGAAAAUGACCACCCUACUCUACAGCAACUACUGGCUUCCUCCGCAACCUUCCCUCCCCAGCAGCAGCAGCAACAGCAAACACCCCAGCCAUCAAACCAACCCCAACAUAUCCAGCACCCACAAAAUGCUGCUUCAGGACACAGUCUCCCGCCCACCAUUCACACUGCUGGUGCCUCCCGUCAGCCCUCCAUGCAGCAGCCUCCAACAGCGCAGCAGCAAAUUUCUGUGCAGCCUGCUCCCCGUCCUGUCUCUGUUAAGUCCCAGGGAUCUCCAGCAACGAAAGGUGGCCAGAAUGUCCUCCUGAACACCUCCCAGCCAGUCCCGCAGGUCAUAUCACAAGCUGCCACUCAGCCUCCGCAACAAAUUAUGUCUAAUGGGGUGCAGCUUGUAGGGGGACCCAGCCAAGUGAUCACCUCAGGAGGACAGAUCAUCACAUCUGCUUCAACUCAACUGUUACAAGGAACUCAGCUUCUGCAAGCACCGGGAUCAACACAAGUUUUGCCAAGUCAGAUUUUGCCGGGUGGCCAAGUUUUGCACAAUGGCCAAGUCAUACAGGGUGGCCAGGUACUUCCCGGGCCACAUUUACUACCCAGCGGCCAGAUACUACAGAGUGGCCAAGUUAUCCAGGGUGGGCAGGUGCUGCAGGGAGGGCAAAUCAUCCAAGGAAACCAGGUCAUUAAUAACAGUCAACUAAUUGCCACCACAGCACAAAUGGCAUCUAGUGGAGUGUCUGGACUUGGGGCUCCAUCGGCACCCAUCCAAGUCGCUCCCAGUGCACAAGCAAUCCCACAGCAAACCCAUACAGUUACACUACAUCAGUCAGUCCAGCCCCCUACUCCUGCCUCCCCAUUCUCUGUGCUCAGUAAGUCUCCAGGAACAGUAUUGCCUCGCACAUCACCGAGUCCCUCCCCUUAUCACCCAACCACACCCUCGCCACACCCGGGAGUCCAAAGUCCUGCUCCUUAUACAACGCGCUCUCCAGCACCUUCUCCUCAUAGUAAUGUAAGUGCCAUGAGAUCUCCUGCUCCUCCUACUCCAUCCCCGGCUGCAACACCAACACCACAAACACACACGAGCAUUGCAACCAUACCACAACAGCAACCUACAGGAAUGGUUCAAAGUGUCAUGGGAAAUGUAGGAAUGAUGCAGAGUCUGAUGCCCCAAUUACCAUUGUCUCAAGUGAUGGGAUCCAAUGGCAUGGUGCUACCACAGUCAGGAGUUCAACAGACUGCAAGUGGAGUCAAGCAAGUUGUGUCUGGAGGACAGCUGAUUCAAAUUGUAUCCUCACCUCAACCAACACAGCCCAGGCAACCUCUCACUACAUCUGCACACAAGCCAAUCCAACCCAAGCAACCCCAGUUGCUUCCAAAGCCUCCUCAAGCAGCUGUUGUAGGGCAGCCAGCCCCUCCUCCUCCUGGGAAGACCCUCAUAGGCACUCGUCCUGUGACUCCUGGAGGACAGCAGCCCAUAGUGAUUGGGACGACUGGACAGCAGCCAACGAUGGUUACGGGUCAGCAGGGGUUGGGAGGGUUUGUUAUCAACCCUUCAAUGCUACAGUCAGGCCUACAGCAACCCUUCCUCAUCCAGCAGCCCAACGGUGUUCUCCUUGUGAGGCCUUCAGGACCAUCUGGGGCUGGCGGAGCACCAGGCCAAACUCUUCUGGUGCCUGUACCAAGUCAGCCGCAGAUGUUAAGUGCUGCUGGAACCAAAGCUGGGCAGCACCAGACUGUGGUGUUUCCCAGUAAUGGACAAGGAGGGCCGGCAUAUGUCAUCCCUCAGCAUGGCUCCUCUGGUUUGGGUGCUCCGGGGGUGAUGGGGGCACAAGGCUCCCGGGGCCCCCAGCCCAUCAUCCGUCUGGUGGCACCCCAGGCCCCAUUACAGCUGCAGCCAAUUCAGACUCCCAGUGGGCCUGCAUUAGUUGCAGUGCAGACUGGUCAGGCUGUCAAUCUGCAAGGGUUGCUAACACCUGGAGGUACCACAAUGCGUACCCUCACUCCAGGGGUGGCCUCAGGUCCCCUACAACUAGCCCCCACCUCAGUGGCUCCCCCCAGCAUGGCUCCCGUUGUUAGCAUGGGCCACAUCCAAUUGCCAGGCGGGGGGCAGCCACUCCAUGUGUCUGUCCCUGGAGCACCCCUCCAUCUAGCCACCUCCCUCCCCUCCUCCCUUCCAUCUGUGAUAACCACCACUAAGCAAACUGUGAUAGAUGAAACCGUGGCUCCUGCCUCAAUUGUGACAGCUGCAGAGGUUGGAACACAGCAUCAAACCGUAACAGACUCUAGUAAAAACACUAAGAAAAAGUCCAAAAAGAAGAAACGGGAAAAGGACACAAAAGAUGAAAAACUUAGGGGAAAAGGGACGUCGAUAAAUUUAAAUGACAUUCUCAGAGAAACUGGCAUUGAUGGCGACCUGAUGCUUUUUGAUGAAGCUGAUUUAGGUUUAGGAGGAGAAGGGAUGGAGGGCGUGCAGGUAACCCCCUCCACUGCUGCGGCUCAGGUGACGGCAGUGCCAACUGUUGUGACACCUGCAACCAUGGCAACCCAGGCUCAUGUUGUGAACCCAGUACAAGCAAUGCCCACAGCGGAGAGCAACGUCACCUUCACCACCCCAAGUGAGAACGGCGGCCACAUCGUCGUUGGCUCCUCAAACCCUCACUCGCUGCUGGGAAUGGGUAAUACUUUAGUCACGGGCACGGUGGUGACCAAUUCCUCGCAGAGUGGAUUGAUCACCACAUCAAGCAUGCCAAGUGGAAUGAGUAUUACCUUGGAUCCGAGUGGGAAGUUCAUCUUCGGGUCAGAUCCAACGAAGGCUCACUUUGGUCCCCCAAUACCAACGGCAACUCAGGUUGGAGGAUUGGUGCUCCCCACGUGCCAGUCCCAGGUGCAGGUGAUUGGUGGAGCAAAUGUCAGCCUGAGCUCCUCCCUGAGCAGUGUCAGCAGUGGGGGUGUGGCCAACGGGGUAGGGAGCAGUAUGCCCACCAUCAUGACUGGCAGUGCUAAUGCUGGGAUUGGACAGAGUGCUCUUCCAGUCGGGUCUAUGCCAUCCUUCACCCAGCUCCUGACGCCCCCAACACAAGCAGCAUCUAAUGUUGUGGUUCAUGGGCACGGCAUCACUGCCAAGAGUAAGCCACUACAGUUUCAGCAGACAGCCUCAAAGCUAACGCAGGUGACCUCUUCCAAGAGCCAGACUGGGGCGGACAUCUCCAGGGUGGCGCAGAACACUCAUCUGUUACAGACUUUACACCUCCCUGCGUCAGAGAAACCUCUGGCAACCAAUGGACAGCCUUUCCUAACAUCACUCAUAUCAGGACCACAGACAAUACCCAGCCAUAGUGGGGAGCAGCUGGGUGUUCCAGUACAAGUCUCCGUCUCGGAUGGGGGACCCAUGCUCACGGUGGUUAGUGUUGGAGGUGUUAUGAGCUUACCUGAAGGUAUAGUUUCUACUGGUACAACUCUUUCCUCGCCAGCUCCUCUUAGCAUACUGGUGCCCAGUCAAGCUAGCCAAGUGCCUCAGAGUUCUGCUGUGAUUGUGUCUUCUAGUGCUACAAACAGUGUUGUGUCUGGUGCUAUAUUAAGCAGCAAACAUUAUGUCUCCAACUCUGCACUCAUUCCACAAACUAGUGUAAGUUUUCCUAACACAGAAAAUGUGCCAAUAUCUAGAGCUCAUUCCCAAAUUUUAAACCCUUUGCAAGAUAAUGUUCCUAGUCAGGCAAGUAAUCCUUGCACUUUGUUAACAAAAAGUAAUGAAAACCACACUAAAGCUCCUAGCUUUCAAAAUGAAUAUGUGGCAACUCUUCAGAGAGGUCAAACCAUCAUAGACUCAAGUAAAAACAAAACUAAAUCCUAUAAAAAGAAAAAGAAAGAUAAGGAAACAGAAAUAAUAUCACCAACAAAUGCAAGUACAAUGAUCGUUAAGCACAGCUUGCAAGAACGUUUAAAAUCGGGCACGUGUACAAGUACAAGUGGAACCAUCCAGCAGCAACUACCCUUGGCACCCAUACCCAACGGGCUCAGCGGUCCUGCCAUCAAGACCGUCUCUCACAACAUUGGAACUUCCACAACCUCUACAUCCCUGCCCUUAACUAUUGAAGCUGGUGGCCAGUGUGAUACUACAUCCAUAGCAGGCUCCAACACCUCCUCUGCUCCUCCUGUCACCAUCACAACCUCCGGGAUAGUGACGGUCACAGCAACCUCCCAAGCAUCCUCAACGGCCACCACGGCGACCAUCACCUCGGCCACAACCUCAACGGGGGUGAUGGUCUCCGUUCCCAAGCAGCAGUUCAGGCACGUCAGACACCUCAUACUCUCUCCACAGAAUCAAGAGGCCCUCAAGAAGGUUCAUGCCCAGAUCCAAGUUCUUCAAAACAAAAAGUCUGACCAAGAUAGCGCGUGUCUUCAGCAGCUGUAUGCUGAGUACCGCAAGAUAAUGGCCACGGGGAAGCCAGUCACUGUCAGCACCACACAACAGCCACAGAUUCCUCCAACACCCAGCCAACCCACUCCUGUGCGGUAUUCUCACCCUGUGGGGCACAAGGUCAUCACGCUGACUCAAUUCAAGCAACAAAUCAAGCAUUUGCCUCAAGAUCAGCAGAGGCAAAUAAUAGAUCACAGCAAGCAAGUGCUACAGAGGUGCAAAGACCCUGGGAAUAACACAUCCUUCUCUGUCACCUCGGCUCCCACCCUCCACACAUCCCCUCACCUCUCUCCCAGUACACAGGGCACAGGAGGCAGUAAUGGAUCCACCAAGAUUACUGUGGCCCAUGGACCCAGCAUGCCCACCAUUGCCACUUCGGUCUCCUCCCCCAUCGUGCCCACAACCUCCACUACAGUUUCCAGCAGCACCACCACCAGCAGUAACCUAAGCUACACCAAAAUAACUCCUCCUCACUGCUCGCCUGUCUCCACCACGGCUGCUGUGAGUCACCUGAGUUCCCUGGGGCCAUCUCCAAAGAGUCUGGUCCAGUCAGGCAUGGUGCUACCACCCCAGUUCUCGCCCCAUCCUGUCUCUGCCUCAGGCAUGGAGGAACACUCCCCAAGCCAGCCCAAGACUCCCACAGCGACAGCAUACAGCAUCACUAAGGAACAACUUUUUGAACAUCAGCUGAAGACCGACCAGAAUGGAGCGCUCAAUCCUGACUAUCGCACUCCCUUCAAGAAUAAGAUAGAUGCUUGCAAGCGCCUCAUUCGCUACCAUGUGUUCAAUGAAUGUGUAUCCACCCAACGGGAAUUAACAGAAACCAGUAACCAGUUUGAGCUGCAAGCCGAAUCCCUUCUUAAGAAAUUCAAUAACAUGAAGUACAAGUAUCAAUCUCUUCUAGUUAAGGACAGCCUGCGCCGUCAUCCAUCUUCCGAGACUGUGAUGCUCUAUCGCUUAUUUUUGCAAGAGGACAAAACCAACUUUGAGAAAGAGAAGAGUGACAUUCAGAGUGGAAAAACUAUAGACAUGGCAUCAACAAGUAUCAUCCCUACGUCUAGCGAGAGUCUGCACACUGACGGUCUAUAUCCUUGGGAACUGGAGUGGGAAAGCCAAAAACUCUACAGGUAUGAACCCAACCAAAAAGUUCUGAAGCGAGAAGAGACUGACGACGACGAGGAAGAAGAAGAAGAGCUGUGCAUUGACAACCUGAACGACACCAUCAAGACGGAGGUCAUCGGUAAGAGUGAGACGGAAGAGACGGAAGACGUGAUGGUGGAAGAGGAAGACCAGAAGGAAGACAAGGAGAAGGAGCUGAGUGUUGUUGACAACGACGAUGAUGACAAUGAAGAGGAGGAAGACGAGAAACCGGAGGAAAGCAAAACCAGCAUAAGUCGUAGUGAGUCCAUGGCAUUCAUGACGGAAAAAGAUCUGAACGAAUUCGAUGACAGUCAGGAAGGAGAAACUUGCCUUCACAUACAUACAGGGGAUGAGGAGGAAAAAGAGGAUGAAGAAACUACCAAGAAGGAAAAGGAGGAGGAGGAGGAGGAGGAAGAAGAGGAGAAGGAGAAGCAACACAGACAGGUGAGUCAUCUAGUCAAAAAAUUCAACUGUAACAGCGUCACCUAUGGCAGCGAUGGUUACAGCGUAGAGGCGGCGCAGCACUCCUCAUCCCCUGUCACAAAACUAAGCUGCAACAACCUCAGCGACUCGGACAGCUUGGACGAGAAGAAUGGAGAGGCUGAUAAGGAUUCCGAGCAGGAGGAGGAGGAGCUGGUCAUAUGUGAUGGGGAGGGUGCAUCCAGCAGUCUAAACAACAGUCCGGUGAGUAGUGAAGUUCCUACACUAGCCAGCCCCAGCCGAGUGUCCUUGUUGAACUGUGGCGAGAACGUGUUGUCGAAGUUUUCCGAGCACCUGUGUGAUAACCUGAGGCUGACGAGUAACGCUGCCAAGCCCCUAAAUUUAACAGGCCCAGACCCUCCCGGUAACAACAUGUGCAAGCCAGCUCAUUCUCCACCAGCAAAAGCUUUAAGUGAUAAAUUGGACAAAGAGAAACGAAGGGAAAGAGUGGAGAAGGAAAAGAAAAAAUCAGACAGGACUAAAGUGAAAGAGAGGGGAAAAGACAGAGAAAAGGAGGACAGGCCGCCCAAAAAGCUGAGAAUUAAGUUUAAGACUGAGGAACGUGCCCUUGUCCCUCCGCUGCGAAUCAGGACAGAAGAGCGUGGUCUGAAAUUGACGCUAAAGAAACAGGAAGGCUCGGGAGCGUAUUACAGUGUGGGUGAGGAGAGGAAGAGGGAGUACAGAGUGGAACCGAAUGAGGAUGGAGAGGAGGAGGAGGAGGAGCUGGGGGGCAUUGUCCGACCCUUCGAGGAUGAGGAAGGACAAGAGGACAGUGAAGGUCAUGGAGGCAGCAGCUUGAAAGAGGUCAAAGUGGUGCUUCAAGAUGUGCUGAAAGACAAAAGGUUUAAAAAGCAGGUCGAGGAGAAAAGCAGUAAAAAGAGGAGAAAAGAAAAGUGCGAGGAAAAGAAUGACAGAAAUGAAACUCUGUACAGUCCAAAUUCCCAUUGGAUAAACUAUUCCCAGCAGUUACACCCGAGUGAGGGCGAUAAGAAAAAUUUGCAAACCACCAAUCAGGACAGCAGGACUUGGAACUGUAAUGCGGGGGAGUGGCGGAAGAGUGGUGGUGAAGGUGCUUCCAAUGUUGACCAUUCUAGCGAUCACAAGGCACGAGAGUACAGUUCCCAUUUAUAUUCCUACAGUGAGCACUUUGGACAUGAGUACGCUGGUCGGCAUAAUCAUUCUCAGCCAUAUGGGCAUUCUGGUAGUCAGCAGAGAAAUACACACAGCUACUAUUAAUGUAAGGCUGUUGGGUAUAGUCCAGAUGUAUAUGGUUGGUUGUCAGUUAAUUUGGAGAUACUUUCUGUUAACUGCUUCAUAUCCAGAUACUUUCAAUUCAAUCUUUUGGUCAGGUAUUAUAACAGGCACUAUUUUUAAUUUACGAAAGGCAUUUUUCAUGAUGUUCAAAAAGUGUUCACGGUAAUUGGUGACGACUCUAAAUUGCUAGACAAUAGCAAGUCAUUUCAAAGUAUACAUGUAUUCACAAGAGUUUUACGUUUGCAUGUUUGCACAAAUACUCAUACAGACUUUAGCAGCAUUGUUUUCUUUGUGUAUCAUCAAUGAUUUUAUCAAACCUUGAUUGUUGUGGUGCAUUGAUAGUACUAGAUUAAUUUUAUCAUUUCAACCAAUGGCUGUUUGUUGAGUCAUCUUCCAUCUGGCCUCUUUAUGUUGAAUCUAGUCCUACUCACCUACCCUUCUGGAUGUACAUAGCCAGGUAAUAUUUGCUCAGUAAAGAGUGUCUAGUUGGAAUGGGGAGCCCCCAUGUUUGAUGACUCAAUUUUGAUGGUUACAUAUUUUUAUCAUGUGUUUUGGUGGAAGCAAAGCCAAAAUGCACAGCUAAGCUAUUAGCAGCAAAAGUACUCGGGACUUUCUGUGAAGGCAUCUAAGUAUGGGAACUUGGAUCGAGCAUUUCCCAUGUGAUUGCCGAUUUCGGCAGAAACUUUUUAAUACUUAAAAACCCUGUGGUGUACCUAUGUUUCAGUAGGUGUCAGUGUUUAUAGGAUCCUGUAUUAUUUGAACGGUGAAUUUGUGGAUAAUGCCCUUAAUAAGGAAACUCUCAUUCUCAAAAUGUGAUCUCAAGUGUGAUUUUUUACAAGCUUGCCUCAUUUUUCUAACUGUUGUUGUGGUAUGAAGUCCAUAGUGUGUAAAUAUUUUUUUUUUGCUCUGUACUUAUUAAUGAUGUCCUAUAGGUUGUUGAAAUUUUCAGGGAUUUGAGCCGAGGUACUGCGAAGGGGUAAUUAUUUGGGGGGCCGACCUUCUUUCAUUGUCACCUGAUGUUCACCUGCAGUACAGACUGUUUGCAUAGACUGGUUCAUGUAUCAUUAUGCUUUGUCCUGAAUAUGCAUGAUUGUUGGUUGACUAUAUGGAUGAAUGGUGUCAUAUCAUUACAGAUGUUACCUACUUAAUAACCACAACUCCUGCACACUGAAGGAACACACACACACACACACACACACACACACACACACACACACACACACAUACACACAAAAUAUAUAGCUAGAAAUAUCAUACACAGGUAAAAUGACGAGCCUUUUAAGGACUGAAGGUCACAUGUGGCGUAAAGCUCCUGGUGGGGUGCAUUCAACAUAAUAAUUUUCAACACACUGACUUUCUUUUUUCUAGUUAGUUUUUACUCGGUUUAAAAUAUACGGAAAAAUAUGAAUGCAUUUUUAACUUAAUGCAUGGAGGAUAUAUUCUGAUAAUGUACUGCAAGGAGCAUAGACUUUAAUUUAUUUUUGUGGAGUGAGCAAGUCAAUGAGAAGGGAGUAAUGAUAUGCUGGAUGUCCAAGGUAGAGGAAAAUGCCGCAGUGAUAUAUGGGAGGGUGAUCCAGUGAGGGGGAGAAGAACCAUGAGAUACAAUGGGUUGGUCAGAUCAAAUGGAGGAUGUGUGUUCAUUGAAGGAAAGAAAUAACUGUUUAAAGAAAAGCGCUGUGCUUUUGCUGGAACAAGACAGGGAUGCCAGGAGAAGUGGGCUGGAAUGGUUGUGAGAUGAUUGCAGUUUGCUCAGCAGCAAAACACACUAAAGAAUAAACACAUUCCUCACUGGCAAGAGCUGUGUGACAUGGGACCCAGCAAAAGGAUUAGGAUGUUUUAUGGACUGAAAGGCGGAACACUUAGUCGUGGAUUUCAUGGACUAGCUGUUAGGUGGUAGGAGGAAAGGGAUCAUAAGAAGAAAAAGGUUGUGGAAUUAUACAUUGAAAUCCUGGGUAAUAAAUGUCAAGAUAACCUUAUUAUGCAACCCUCUGGGAAGAUUUGUUAAGCAGCUCUGUAUUUUUUAUUUUAUUUUAUUUAUUAAAUUAAAAUAAUUUAUAUUCAAAUAUAGUUUUUUGAUAUACUGUCAUAUGCCUGUUGCAUCUUCGUCUUGCUCAUUUCACCGCCUGUGCUUCCCCAAGUCAUUUGGCUGUCACUGUGGCCACAAUCCUGUGAUAAUGUCUUUGCUUUUUGCUAAAUGAUCAAGGCUGCCUCGUGUUGUUGGGGAAUCAAACCCUAGAUUUUACAGUUCAGCAAAGAAUGUUAACCUCCACAUCAUCAGGACACCUUACUUAAAAGCAGAUUGAGAGAUGUUGGGAUUUGAAGAAUUGCUAUGAACUUUGACUACAGCAGGAGCAGCAUAAGGAAAGAUCUUGGAGAUCAUGAUAAAAGUUCUACAAAGCCUUGGCUGCACAAUGGCUAAGAUACUUGAGUGAUGAGAAUGAUGUGACUAACCUGCUUUCACCUGUCGUCAUGUGUUAGAAUUAAGUCUACAUUGGUACACAUCACUGCAAAAGAGAGGAGGCAUUCUUCAUGAGCAUUUCCUUCAUUCUAUGCACUCAAAUAUUGUAUGAGGGUGAUCUGAAAAAAAAAAAAAAAAAAUAAUAAUAAUAA